CCGCGCAGGCGCACACGGGGCAUCUGACACGUCGGAAGGUUCUCUCGGGGGAAGCUGUGGAGUGGGAGUGAAUUUCGUCGUAUUUUUUGGUCUUUUUACAUCUCUUCAUCAUGCCACUGCGUCUGGAUGUAAAGCGGAAAUUAACCGCUCGAUCAGAUCGUGUUAAGUCAGUCGAUCUUCAUCCUACUGAACCAUGGAUGCUUGCAUCUCUUUACAAUGGCAAUGUUCAUGUAUGGAACAUUGAGAGCCAGCAGUUGGUUAAGAGCUUUGAAGUAUGUGAUCUUCCAGUAAGAGCAGCAAGAUUUGUGGCCCGCAAAAAUUGGGUUGUCACAGGCUCAGAUGACAUGCAAGUUCGUGUUUAUAAUUAUAAUACGUUAGAGCGUGCACACCAGUUUGAAGCUCAUUCAGAUUAUGUGAGAUGUAUUGCAGUACAUCCAACUCAGCCAUUCAUUCUUACAUGCAGUGAUGAUAUGACGAUCAAACUUUGGAACUGGGAUAAAAAAUGGUCCUGCCAGCAAGUAUUCGAGGGUCACUCUCACUACGUAAUGCAGAUUGUCAUCAAUCCAAAGGAUAACAACACUUUCGCUUCUGCUUCUCUUGAUCGUACUGUGAAGGUGUGGCAGCUUGGUUCACCACAGCCGAACUUCACUCUUGAGGGUCAUCAGCGUGGAGUUAAUUGUGUGGAUUACUACCAUGGUGGAGACAAGCCUUAUUUGAUUUCAGGGGCUGAUGAUAGUCUGGUCAAGAUUUGGGAUUAUCAGAACAAAACAUGUGUACAAACCCUGGAAGGACACUCGCAGAAUGUUUCCUCAGUAUCAUUCCACCCGGAGCUACCAAUCAUCCUGACUGGCUCUGAGGACUGCACUGUGAGGGUCUGGCAUGCCAACACUUACCGUCUGGAGAACACACUCAACUAUGGUCUUGAUAGAGUGUGGUGUAUAUCAGCUCUCAAGGGCUCUAACAAUGUCUGCUUUGGCUAUGAUGAAGGCAGUGUCAUGGUUAAGGUGAGAUAUGUUGCAACCAUUCAAAGAGAUUAUUCAUCAUAGUUGGAAGCCUAUUAU